GUUCUCUGGGUUGUCCUUUCGAUUCGUGGGUGCAAAGUGCAAACGAGUGGCCUUCUGUUUUGUUUCCUCUUCUCUGUCCUGCCAUUAGACUGAAAUUUCUUCUUCUUUGUUCCUUGAUUCUUAUGGUUGGGGACUUGGGACCCUUGAAUCAUAGCGCGCGUGUCAUGUAACUCUGAUUUGGUUCUCGCCCUUACGUACUUAACCGAUCGGGGUCUUCUUCUCGCCAUUGCUUCCUCCAUGCCAUGCCGUUUGUUGGAUUUUAAUUCAUUGGAGUGAUACCCGUUCCCCUUAUUCUCAUCGCUUCCCAUUUUCAUUUAACUGAAGAACAAGGAAAAAGGAAAAUAAAGGAGAAAGGAGACAUGGUGAUCAUAGAACCUGUUUCCGAAGGCAAGGACGACUGUGUUGAGAAAGUUAAGGGGAAAGGAGACAUGGUGACCAUAGAACCUGUUUCCGAAGGCGAGGAUGACCGUGUUGAGAAAGUUAAAGAUGACGGCAGUUCCUCUUUGGUAGUGGAAGAAAAAGGUAAAGAUGCUGAGGGAUAUGAAACUGCUAGCGAAGGUGAAGAGGAGCGAGAUGAAAAGUCUGGAUCGCAUCCUGCUGAUGACACUUAUGAAGAUGCACUGACAGAUGAACAGCUUAAAGAGAGAGCUUUGUCUCAAGCAAAUGACGUGAAAGCUGAAGGUAAUAAGUUAUUUAGUUCUGGCAGCUAUGAAGAUGCACUGUCACAGUAUGCCCAUGCCUUGGAACUUGCCCCUGAAGGACCUCUAUCAACUGAAAUUCGUUCAAUUUGCCAUGCAAAUCGUGCCAUCUGCUUUUCAAAAUUGGGGAAAUACAAAGAAACUGUAAGUGAAUGCACGAAAGCUCUGGAGUUGAAUCCAUCAUAUCUCAAAGCUUUGACUAGAAGAGCAGAUGCAAAUGAAAAGCUUGAGAACUACGAAGACGCUAUUGCAGACAUCAAGAAGAUUUUAGAGAUAGAGCCCUCAAAUGACAGUGCUAGAAGGUCCUUACAACGUUUAGAGCCAUUGGCUGCUGAAAAGAGAGAAAGGUUGAAAGAAGAAAUGAUGGGAAAGCUGAAGGAUCUUGGCAAUUCUGUCUUAGGGCGGUUUGGCAUGAGCUUGGACAACUUUAAGGCUGUCAAAGACCCUAAUACCGGAUCUUACUCCAUUUCGUUUCAACGCUAAAAUUUGUCCCAAAUGAAGAGCAUGAGAUGGUUAUAUCAUAAAUAAAUGUAACUGAGAUGAACAAAUUUUUUGUUAAUUCACUAUUUUGAAGAUGUGCCUAUUUUGUA